AUGUACUGCUUACAAUGGCUUAUACCGGUAUUUCUAAUACCCAAACAUUUUUUACAUCCUACUUUCCUGAUUGAUCAAGCCCUGUUCAUGUGGUUUUAUAUUAUUGGUUUUUUUAUUGAAAGGAGGCCUUGCUGUAUCUGUUCGAUAAUUUUUUUCACUGCUGUUGGCUUGUUGUGCUGGAACGAUAGCGAUUCUUGCAUUUUUUGGCCUUCCUGUGAUAAGAUUUUUGGUGGCGAGAUGUGCUCAUACGUGCGAGACAACAGAAAGCUGAUCUUUUAA